UACAUCCCCAGCAAAUGAGUGUGUAUCAUCAGAUCAUCAGUGCAGUGACAGUGUGUGGGUUAUUUAGGUGACUGAGUCUCUGUAGCUAUAGGGCAGCCAGGAAAAGGUAUGCACAAGACCUUGGAAUAAUGAAAGGACAAAGAAUUUGGGUGAUUUUGGCCUUAACGUGGCUUUUUUGCUCCGGAUCAUAUGCGGAUGAGGAGACCAGGCUUCAGUGUGAUGAUCCAAAUGUGCAAGAUGUUGUGACUUCAGUUCUUUUAACACAUAAUAAAGAUUUAACUGAAGGAAACCAGCUGGCUCUGUAUCAAAUCCUUGAGGCUAAAAAGGCCCGGAAUGAAUCAGGGGAAGUUCUUUCACUACAUUUUACAGCAAGGGAAUCUGACUGUGCAGCAGGAGGAGACAAACUCUGGCAGGAAUGUGACUACCUGCAGGAUUCAUCAAAGCUGCUCAGACAUUGUCGUACAAGACUCCUGCUGAAAGAAACAAACGAGAUCUUUGCACAUCACUGUUCAGUGGAGCCCCCUAUCAUUGCAGAGCCACGUCCCCCGUGUCUGGGCUGCCCUGAGAAGAUCGAUGUGGAAAGUGAGGACAUUGAGGAGUCUCUGAGUUACUCCAUCUCCAAAGCCAACAUACAGAACAAGCACACGCAUCAUUUCCUCCUCAAAUCUGUUGCCUUGGCCACGAGACAGGUGAUAGCCGGAUUCAGAUAUCGGCUCCAGUUUGACAUGCAGAAAAGUAACUGCUCUAAAGAAGACUUUAAGGACAUUACUGAGGAGUGCCACCUAGACCCUGCAGAGCCGGCAUUCAUCAACUGCAACUCGACUGUGGAUGUGGCCCCGUGGAGACAUGAGCUCCCUGACACUAGCGUGAAAUGUGAACCGGGACCUUUACGAACGAGCUUUGUAACACGUAGACGUCCUCCUGGCUGGAGCCCACUGAGGAACAUUCACGACUUUCAGGUCAAACCUAAAAAAAAGGAAUCAUCUGAAGAAUCUCACGAAGGCAAAACAUCGAGUGGCACUCCUCCAAAUAGGCAAAACCCUCAGCCCUCUCAGCCCAUAGCUGUGGUGCUCACACCUAGUAAUGGCACUUCCUUUAACUGUCCCAGCAAACCAUGGAAAGUUUUUGUUGUGCAAAUUGUUGGUUCUCGUCCUGCUCCUCCUCCUCCUCGUCCUGAUCAUAAUGACCCAGUGCAGCACGGUUAACUGAUAGUGAUCUAAAAGAUAUCAGUUUAGAGUGAUCAACGUCCACAGGAUCUACAUUCAAAUCCCUCUUUAAUCAAAUUUUGAACAUAGUAUUGCUGACAUUUCUAUACACAAUAUUGAAUUAUUAUACUUACAUAUAAAUAAAGAGGAAAAUACACAACUUUAA